GCUCAGGCCCGCUGUCGGUCUUCACAGCCCACAGGAAAAAUGCCAUUAUUUUUCUCACUCCAAAGAUUUUCCCAAAGUAUGAAGUGAAUCCAGGCAUCUGGGCACCCCAUGUACCCCCUGCCACCCACCGGGCACGUAGCUGGAGGAGCAGAGCACCUCCAGUUCCCGUCCCAGCUGCUUCCACCAGGCUUCGCUGCCGUCCCCGUGGGGGUGCGAGGCCAGGGAGGCGGGCGCAGGCACCCGCUGCCCCAACCUGCCGAGGCUCGUCCUCUUCCAGCAGGACUUUCAGGUUCCCGCAGUCCCGGCGGGGCCACGCGGGGCUGGGCUGGGCUACAGCGAGCCCAGCACGAGCCGCGCUGGGGGUCCGGCAGCAGGACCACACUUCAGCUGGACGCGGGGCAUGGGCCCGCGGGGGUCCUGUGCCCGCAGCCCCCAGGGCUCAGGCUCCCGCCGGGUGCCGGUGCUCCAGGGGUGGAGGUGAGCGGCUCUGCUGGCACCCACCGGAGAGGGAUGGUGCUGGGACCCUCUCGGGGCACAUCCCUGCCGCCCCCCGCCAUGCCCGCCGCCCUCCGCCUACUCUGCGGGGUGGUGGUGCCGGCUGCCAUGCUCUGCACCGAGCCCCUGCCCCGCAUCACCUUCCCUAGCGAGGACCCACGGCGGACCCUCACCCACUUCAGCCAGGACAACGUCUCGCACUAUGACAUCUUCCUCCUGGAUGAGAGUGAGGAGGAGCUGUAUGUGGGGGCACGUGACCGGGUGCUGGCCCUCACUGUCACCCCCGGCAGCAUCCGUGCAAGAGCCUCGAUAAUGUGGGGACCCACGGCUGAGAAAACCUCUGAGUGUGCUUUUAAGAAGAAGAGCCAAGAGACCGAGUGCUUCAACUUCAUCCGAGUCCUGGUGGCCCUGAACCAGACCCACCUCUACGUCUGUGGGACCUAUGCCUUCAGCCCUGCAUGCACCUACAUUCACCUGGAGAACUUCACAUUGGUGUCCAGCGGCAGAGGACAACCCUUCCUGGAUGGGAAGGGCCAGUGCCCCUUUGACCCCCAGCACAACUACACGGCCCUGCUGGUGGAUGGUGAGCUCUACACUGGCACCAUGAACAACUUCCAGGGCAACGAGCCCAUCAUCUCCCGCUCGCUGGGCACCCGCACCCUGCUCAAGACAGACGCCUUCCUGCGCUGGCUCUCUGAUGACGCUGCCUUCGUGGCCUCCUUCAGCAUCCCUGGGGACGACAAGGUCUACUUCUUCUUCGAGGAGACAGCCGAAGAGUUCGACUUCUUCGAGCGGCUCCUGGUGCCGCGGGUGGCCCGUGUCUGCAAGAGCGAUGUGGGGGGGGACAAGGUGUUGCAGAAGAAGUGGACGACAUUCCUGAAGGCACAGCUCGUGUGCUCCCAGCCCGGCCACUUCCCCUUCAACGUCAUCCAUCAUGCCUUUGUCCUGCCCCGCCGUGGUGGCGGCGCCGACUUCUACGCCGUCUUCACCUCGCAGUGGCAGGCAGGCAGGGCGGGCAGCGCCGCCGUCUGUGCCUACAGCCAGAAGGAUCUGGAGAAGGUCUUCGAGGGCAAGUACAAGGAGCUGAACAAGGAGAGCUCCCGUUGGACUGUCUACAGUGGCCCUGACAUGAGCCCCCGGCCUGGCAGUUGCUCCGUGGCUCCCUCCUCAGACAAAGCCCUCACCUUCAUGAAAGACCAUUUCCUGAUGGAUGAGAAGGUGUCACCCAUCCAGGGGAGGCCACUCCUGGUGAAGUCAGAUGUCACCUACACGCGCAUCGCAGUGGAUGAGACUCGUGGCAUCUCAGGGACCACCUACCGCGUCCUGUUCCUGGCCACAGCGAAGGGUCUCCUGCACAAGGCAGUGGAGCUGCCCGAGGGUCCCCACAUCGUGGAGAGCAUUGAGCUCUUCCAGACACCAGAGCCAGUGAAGAACCUGCUGCUGGCCCCAGGGAAGGGCACCCUCUAUGUGGGCUACUCCAGAGGUGUCCUCCAGGUCCCACUGGCCAACUGCAGCCUGCACCGGAGUUGCGCCGAGUGUGUGCUGGCACGGGACCCCUACUGCGCCUGGCAUAGCCCCGAGGGCUCCUGCCAGCCCACCCACAUGGCCACUGAGGACAGGAGCAUGUGGCUGCAGGACAUCGAGACGGGGAGCCCGGCCACCACAUGCCACCGUGGGAGGAGCAUGGCCAUGCCCCGGGCCUGGGGGCCACCAGAGGAUCCCACCAUACAGGUGCUCAACCCCCAGCCAAACACCAUCGUCCACCUGCUGUGCCCCUGCCACUCUGCACUGGCCACCUACAGCUGGCAGCAGCCCAGCAGUGCCCAGGAGAACACGAUGCAGCUGCCUGACCACACGCUGGUGGUCAUCGUGCAGCCAGGGACAGCCGGCAUCUACAAGUGCCAGGCCAUGGAGAACGGCUACACCUGGACCGUGGCUCACUAUCAGCUCAAAGGCUCUGCUGAGGUGGCCCUGGGAGAUGGGCUGGAUGAGGAGGAGCUGGCCUGGGGGUCCUCGGCCAUUGGCACCCCCGUGUCGUACUGGUCGCAGUUUGUGACGGUGACGGUGCUGCUGGUGGUGACAGUGACCGCGGCUGCCUGCCUGGCCCUGCUCGCCUACCGCGACCAGCUCAAGGCCCGCAGCAAGGUGCGGGGCUGCAGCGCUCCCCACAGCCCCCCGUCCCGCCACCGGGAGAAGGUGCCCCUCAACGGGGGCACCGGAGAGCCCCCGGCGCCCGGAGCCGCCACUGAGGAGGAGGAUGAAAGCUCCCACGCUUGCUGCCUCCAACUCGAUGGGGACAUCGACGUGGACAACAACCGGCUCCACGUGCCGGGGCAGAACACGGCGUGACACUGUCAGGGGACACCCUGGGGAGGGUGGGAGGGAGGGGAUGUGAAUG